GGAGGACGAAUCUGGAGCAAGUAUAGAAGCCUCUUCCAUGGCGUAGACCUGACGGCGCAAUCGCACGUCGAUAGACGAUAGGAGAGCAAAAUACUGCGAUGUAGCUUCUUUGAAACGAGCUUUGUGGGAGUCGAGGGAGUUAUCUCCUGCCGAGUCGCUGGAUCUGGCGUUGGUGAGGGCUUGUAUCGCGAGGCCAGCGGAAUGAAUUAGUCUUGCCACGUCCUGUAGUUGUAAAGCACUAGUGAGCAAUUGGGCCUUUCAUGACGGUCUAGUUGUUUGUCGCUCGAAGUACUGCUUCUCCGCUCGAAGCACCUCUUACCUUGUCCACUUCGUUCAAUUGGCGUAUGCGAUCCGCCGAUGUAAAAAGUUGGUCUGGUUUCCCGGCCUCCUUGCUGUCCGCCAUUGUUGCGCUUGUGUAUGAAUCAAAGAGAAAAGGCCGAUACAAAAGGUAAGGCUCCGUCUAGGACUGCAAUAUGAAGAUGCGAAGGCAGCUAAGCUUGCAUCACGUGAGUUGGCAUGGGGAACACUAGAAUCGGAUUACCUAAGCCGGGGAACCAAACUAAUCCCAAAGUGAUAUAGUGCAAUAUCAGAACGUGACGCUGCAAAAGCUCCCGUUUACUUUGACCUUCACCAUCCCUCUGCUCACUAUCUUCCCAUCAUUUCUCUCAGGUUAGGCAUUUUCGCCUCCUCAAAUUAGAUAUCCAGGGCCAUGUCUGCUCCAGGCGGGGCCCCGAGCCCUGCGCCCCGAAGUGGAAGCAUGGGGCCUGGUGGUGGAAUGUCAAUGCCUCCUCAACAGUCAAUGGGUGCUACUACCCCAGUUGCUCCAACGCCGGGUCCCCCUCCACCUCCUCCCAGUGGUGCGAUGUCUCAGCAGAAUUUGAACCAGAUAGUCAUCGACUACUUGGCCAAGAAGGGCUAUAGUCGUACCGAGGCCAUGCUUCGCAUGGAGUCGGCGAAUCAAGAAAUAGACGGUCGCCCUUUACCUCCUCUCGGAGAGGAUGCACGUCCCAAGUACAGACUUGGUUUCGACCUGCUCAAAGUCUGGGUUGAAGACAACCUAGACCUAUAUAAGCCGGAGCUUAGACGCGUUCUUUGGCCGCUCUUUGUUUAUUCUUUCCUCAAUAUGGUCACAUCUUUCUACCCUCAAGAUGCGAAGCAAUUCUUCGAUAUUAACAAGAACCUUUUUCUGCCUGAACACACUGAGGAUGUUCGCGCUCUAGAGCCAAUCGCUCUACCAGAGCAUGUUCAAGAUAAUUCAACUGCCAAGCUGUAUCGUGGGAACAAAUAUCGCAUAGUUCUAAGCAACCCGGCGUUCUCGAACCUUAUGCAGUUCCUCGAGAGCAAGCAAAAGGAGGGCGGCUCCGUCAUGUCCGCCAUUCUGAGCAGCUACUGCACUAUCAUCACCAAGGAACGUGCCGUCGACGAUAGAUUCAGCUUCGCCGCCAUGCUGGGUCAAGCUGGCGCGGGCCAGACGUUCCCUACUGAAGACGAGGGUAUACCUGGACAUCACCCUGGCUCUGCCUAUACAGGUGAUAACCCCGCUAUGGCUGGAACCUUGCCCAGGCUUAGGCUCGGAAAACUCCCAAUGGAGCAGACCCUCGAAGCCGAUGUGAGAGGCGAGCUUGGGGAUGAAGACAUCAAAAACCCACCGGCCCCAGGCCAAAAUACUCUUGUGCAGGAGUUCGACCAGAUGAUCAAAAAGGAGGACGAUGAUGAAUCCCCUACUCGCGCCGAUAUUCCUUACCCACCAUCAACUGCUCGUGACGUUGCCAUGGAGGUUCAGAAGGUUAAAGAGAACCGUGAUAGAUUUCGGAUUGAAGGAAGAACUGGCGGCGUUGGGCCAGCCGUCAGUGUUUGCAUGUUUACUUUCCACAAUACUUAUGACGGAAUUAACUGUCUCGACUUUUCGGAUGACAACAUGCUCGUUGCAGCUGGUAUGCAAGAGUCAUAUAUUCGUGUCUGGAGUCUGGAUGGAAAGAGAAUCCCAUCGACCUACGAGAGUGUGGACGAGACGCAACCAUCGAACUCUCGCCGCCUGGUUGGGCAUUCGGGACCAGUGUAUGCUGUAGCAUUCGCUCCAUCUAUAACACGCACGGAAAAUGCUAUAGCACCGACAAAUGCUCGCUGGCUUCUUUCGUCUUCGGCAGACAAGACAAUCAGGCUGUGGUCGUUGGAUCUAUGGCAAUGCAUGGUCGUCUAUAAGGGACACGAUCAACCCGUUUGGGAUCUUCAGUGGGGUCCCUAUGGGCACUACUUUGCUACCGGAGGUCAUGACAAAACUGCCCGUCUCUGGGUUACAGACCAUAUCCGCCAGCAACGUAUUUUCGUUGGACAUGACCAAGAUGUUGACUGUAUUUGCUUCCACCCGAACUCUGCCUAUGUCUUCACCGGAAGCUCAGAUCAUACGGUACGCAUGUGGGCUGUGACCACAGGAAAUGCUGUCCGUAUGUUCACCGGCCACACCGGUAACAUCACGGCAUUGACAUGCAGCCGAGACGGCAAGCUCCUUGCUUCCGCAGAUGACCACGGAUCCAUUCUUCUGUGGGAUCUUGCGCCCGGAAGGCUCUUGAAGCGCAUGCGCGGCCAUGGAAAGGGCGGUAUCUGGUCCUUAAGCUGGAGCGUUGAGUCUACCGUGUUGGUGUCCGGUGGCGCUGACGGGACCGUCCGCGUAUGGGAUGUCACCGGCCCUGCUCAAGACUCAACACAAGGUCGUGUAGUGGGAGAGGGUGGUGCAGGCACCAAGGUCGAUGGAGGUAAUGUUGCCGCCUCCGGUACACAAGCCUCAAGCUCAGUUGCUCCAAAGAAGAAAGGCAAAGACGUGGUCGUCAGUCCGGACCAAAUCAGUGCCUUCCCGACUAAGAAGAGUCCUGUCUAUAAAGUGAAAUUCACCAACAUGAAUCUGAUCAUUGCUGGAGGCGCUUAUCUUCCUUAAGGGGAGGAUGAAUUUUAUGCAAAACGGCGCCAGAUACCCGGUUGUUUUCUUUCAUCUGAACAAUUUUGUUUGUCUUCUUGUAUUGUCUUUGCGGUUUACAACAUUAUUUUGGGGACAUUAAUGGUCACAUGCAUUUGGUGGCUGGAUUUUUCUUAGACGGCGCCCUGGCUUGUUUCUAAUGGGAUGGUGUUGGUGGCCGUUGCAACUUAGCUAAAAUUAGCUAUGUAUUAGCUUCUUA